AUGAUCAAUGAUUUAGAAGAACAUAAAAAUGAUAACGUAGAAAUAUCCAUUGAUUCCGAAUCAGGGACUCAAGAAGAAAAUUCUGAAGAAAAAAUUGUCAAUGUGUGUGUAGUAAACAGGGAAGAUGUUUUUUAUGACAUCUCCGAAGAAACGGAGCACGCAUCGGAGCAAAGGAACCAUGAAAAAAACGAAUUAAACAAUUUUUAUGAUUUAACUGAAGUAAAAGGGAAAAAAGAAGAAGUUAUAUGCAUAAGUUCAAAUUCGACAAAUGUUUUUAAAAGCGGAAAUUCAGGUUCUUCAGUAGGAAACGAAAAUGAAGAAAAAGGAAAUUUAGAAGUUAGGGAUGAUCAAAUUGUUCCCAUACAAGUAGAACCGAAGCAUGAUUGCAACACUGAAAAUUGCGGUGAUGUGUGUGAUACGACUGGAAGAAGCAGAAAUGAGAACAACACAACAAGUGGAAGCGGUACUAAGGAGAACAAUACACCCAAUGGAAGAGCUACUAAUGCGAGUAAUACUCGAUGUGGCAGCCAUAACGAAGACAAUAAUGACAGAAAUUACAAUAAAGAGGAGAAAACUACGUACGUGUUAUGCAACAUUUGCGCUGAUAUUAUGGAAAAAUCCAUCUUUCAGGAUCAUUUAUACGCACACACGCUAGAAUCUCCAGAAAAAAAUGAACAAAGUUGUGCAUAUGAAAAGCAAAAGAACCCAAAUAAUGGCCUAUUCGACAUAAGGAAUAAGAGUUUCUAUACUAAUUUCAUCUCAGACAGAAACAAGCAAAACAGAUGUGCACUAAAACGUUCCUUCAAUGACACCAAUUGUGCUUUUAACAACUCUGAAAUAAUUUUAACUGAUAAUAAUGACCAUCAUGCUGAGGAAGAUAAAAUUUUGGACAUGAUUUAUAAUUACAGUUCCAGCCUUGACUGUUUUAAAAACAACCCAGCAGUUAUCAAUAAAAGGAACAAUAACAGCGUAAUUUGCAUUUCCGAAAACAACAACAACAUGGUAGAUAACAAAAAUAACAAUUCCAUAAAUAACUUAUGCAACAAAGGUGUAAGUGCGCAAAAUAAAAUAGAAAUUGUGAGCCCAGGGGAAAAUAAAGUAGAAGACAUUUUAUCGGUCAGCAGCAAUGUUGAACAUGUAGACAGAAAUGUAACAAGAAAUGGAGAAGAGCGAAACUUACCCAAUAAAGUAGAAGCUAACAGAACUGCUGUUGAUAAUUACUUGUCUGCUAUGAGAGAAUCCCUUUCUGCCAUUUUUCCUGAUCCGAACGCAUCAUCAUUUGAAAAUAGCAGCAGGAGUAACAACACAGACAAUUAUAAAAACGAGGAACAUCCUAGCAGUAUUAUUAACGACAUACAUUCCAUGAUAAGCGCAAUAGAGGCUAACGUAAAAAGGGCUGCAGAAAAAUCGAAGAACAGGGUUAAUGUUAACAGUGCAAGUGCAGAUGUAGACAGUUUUGUGAAUAAAAGCAUGAGUUCCAUACUCACGGAUAUAAAUGACAUAAAGGGAACAAAUAGGAAUGGAAAAAAUGAUGAUUCUGUCGAUGAUGUCUUAAAUAAAAAAUUGAAGAAAAUAUACCAAAGUUUAGAUGAUGUGAAUAAAAAAAUUAACGUUGCAAUAGAAAAUAAUAUAGAUAUUUUAGGAAAUGAAAAUAAUCGCACGGAUGACAGGAACAGCAUUGUCAACACCAUCAGUGGGGGCAUUCUUAACAGAACCAGCAUCACUGUUGUUAAUAGCACUGACGGAGGUAACGGAAGCGAGAUGCCCAGCAGAAAUGUCAGUCACACGAGCAAUGGAAACGUUAUCCAUAUGAACAGUGGCAGCAGCAACAAUGGGAACGUUAACAUUAAUAGAAGCAACAGUUACCGAGAUGGCAACUCGAGUGGGGAACGCACCAAUCGUGUAAGACAAAACAAUUUUUACAGCACAAAUAGAUCAUUAAACAGCACAAGUGGACCAGGUGCGCAGGAAUUCAAUGGCAGAAACGGAAGCACUUUUUUUCAUAACCAGAAUGUAUUUUCACAUGAAAGUUUUUUUACAGGGAUACCAGCAGAUUCACCACACACAUAUUCCUCCCACUCGUGUGCAAAUCCGUAUAACCAAAUAGUACGUACAGAAAAUGGAAGCAUUAAUGAUAUAAAUUACUUAUAUUCCAAUUUGGUAGACAGAUAUCCAUGUAUUUGUGAAAAUUCGGGGUUUUCCCAUUUUGACAAUAACUCUAACAAUAUAUGGCCCUUAAGAAGAGUAACAAACAGCUACACAUAUAGAACUUCUAAUGACUCACAAAAUUCUAGGCGUAUUAAAGAAGCGAAUAACAUGAACAUGAAUUCAAACAUGUUUAAUUAUCGCAACGAGGGGAGUAACAAUGGCCAUAAUAACAUUUCGCCCAUAAACAAUGGAAGAAACACGAGCAAUCCUAUGAAUGGAACCAUGGGGUGCAAUUUAAUUAAUAAUGGUGUAGGGGUGUAUCCUGCCGACCCUCCCUCCAGAAAUCCAUUUCUCUUUAUGCCAAAUAGACAUAACAGAAACAUCAGGAGUGAUGUUAGGACGAAUCAAGUUGUUAACACCAUUACGAACAAUUACAGCUUUAUCAGCACUAGUAGAAAUAGCAUAAGCAAUAGAAGCGCGAACCAGGGCCCUGGGAGAAUCCACAACGGGAAUAGCAACAUUGGAACUACAUCCAUCAUUAACAUAAAUAACUUCAAUU